AUGCGUGAACAGCUGAGAGAACUGGCGAAAACGGAACUCGGUUACUUUAAAGGGCACUACCAUGGAAUACACGCAGUGUCCCCUGGGCUCGCUUCUCUAGAGAAGUGCCAUAGACCGUGUCGGCCUGCAGGCUCCAGAGGAAUAGCAACCACCAACGAACAAACACAACAGCUUACAAUUGACGAAUUUUCCACCACCAAGUACAAAACACAAGAGCAAUAUAAACAAAAAGAAGUCGGACCGUUGAGGGAAUAG